GCAAGCUGACACAGGGGCCCUGAAGGAAAACCCACGGGAGAAGAGGGAUCAGCUGUACCAGAAUUUAGGCCACAAGUGGAAGACAUCUGUCAGACCUUUGCAUGCGCGAGAGCCUACAGUUCUGCCUCAGGAGAGCCGGGGGAGGUCUGGGACAUUACCUAGUGAUUACCGAUACUCUCAGGAAAACGUGAAUGAGAAGAGCAAGGAUUGCAGCCUGCCUCAUCUCCCCUGCUCUGAGCCACAGGCCUUGAACGAGAACUACUGUCUGUCCCGGGGCAAAGGAGAGGAAAACCAUAGGGUAGAGCCAGCGCUGCUGAACAAGAAGCGUGGACCUGCUCCUCAGAGGCCGCCGCCACCUAAAAGAGAUAAAUACAGGCGACCAGAUAAUUCUGCGCCAUCGCUCGUCACUUCUUCUGAAUCUCUGCUGGUAGUGCCCAGCCGUCCCUUUCCAUCCUCGUCCCCAAGCUCUGCUGAAGUAUUUGCCGGUCCCUCCUCUCUCUGUCAGAGUCCUGCAGCUUCCAAUGGAAAACUGAAGAGUGCUAAUCCACAGCAGCUCCAGCAAGCAUCAUCCACGGAGAAUGUUUGUCAGCACUUAGAAGAAAAAACAACGCACCUUAGGUCUGAGUCUGUAUUAUCUUCCAAGUAUCGGUAUCUUCAGAAACCUGGCAUGGAGACAUCAAGGUCCCCUUCUCCACAGUUUGCACCACAGAAGCUCACCGAUAAACCUCCUGUGUCCGUACAGGAUGAGAACCCAGCCAGAAUUGAAAGGGUUAUAGACAACAAUACUACGGUGAAAAUGGUUCCCAUCAAGAUAGUUCAUUCUGAGAGCAGUGCAGAGAAGGAGAGUCGGCAAAGUCUUGUCAGUACUAUGGAGCCUCCUGCUUUACCCAGUGGUUUGGAAAAGGACCAAAUUAAAACCCUCAGCACUUCUGAGCAAUCCUAUUCACGAUUCUGUGCUUACACCAGGCAAGGUGUAGAGCCAGAGCCAGAAGCCAGAACCAAACCAGCUGACCCUCAACCAGCUGAAGAACCUGGGAGCAACUUGAAGGACAGCAGUGCUGCCACGCCAGCAGUCAGCUACGUAAAGGCCAAAGAGAAGACCUUUGAAGACUGGAAGUCAGAGGAACUAGCCAGAGAGAUUGUGGGAAGAGAUAAAUCUCUAGCAGACAUACUAGAUCCUAAUGUGAAAAUAAAAACAACAAUGGAUCUGAUGGUUGGAAUAUUCCCUAAAGAUGAACACCUCCUAGAAGAAGCUCAGCAGCGCAGGAAGCUCAUGCCAAAAGUUCCUUCUCCAAAAAUUUCGGAGGAGAAGAAAGAGGAGCAGAGCACACCGUCUGCCAUCUCCCUGACAACCAAUUCUACUUACUACAGCACAUCUGCACCAAAGGCAGAGCUGCUGAUUAAAAUGAAGGACAUGCAGGAGCAGCAGCAACAGCAGCAGAGCGAGGAUGACUCUGAAGAUGAACUGGACCAUGACUUGUCAGAAAAGAAGCAAGAACUUAUUGACAGCAUUAGUAGGAAGCUGCAGGUGCUGAGGGAAGCACGGGAGACACUUCUGGAAGACAUCCAAGCAAACAAUAUACUGGGGGAAGAGGUGGAGGCCAUUGUGAAAGAAGUCUGCAAACAAAAUGAGUUUGACAAAUUCAAGAUGUUCAUCGGCGACCUUGACAAAGUGGUCAACCUCCUGCUGUCACUAUCAGGUCGUCUGGCCCGGGUGGAAAAUGCCCUUAAUAACCUGGAUGAAAAUACCUCUCCGGAAGAACGGCGGACCUUGGUAGAGAAGCAGAAGCUGCUGACUCAGCAACACGAAGAUGCAAAAGAGCUGAAGGAAAACCUGGAUCGUCGAGAGCGCAUUGUCUUUGACAUUUUGGCGAACUACUUGAGCGAGGAGAACUUAGCAGACUAUGAGCACUUUGUAAAAAUGAAGUCGGCCCUCAUCAUUGAGCAGCGAGAGCUUGAAGACAAGAUCAAGCUGGGGGAAGAGCAAUUGAAGUGUCUGACCGAUAGCCUCCAACCUGAACGGCUCAAAUAAGAGGACGGAGUUUGACCAAGGAUGUGAAAAACGGGGAAAGAAGGCAAGGACGGGGAAGUUUCCAAGCAUACCAAUGAGUAUCUUGGCUUGUCUGAGUGUCCAGUAGAGAAACAAGUGCACAAGAGUAAAAUAGCUCUCACAACAGCAAUAAUGCUCUCUUUCAUUUUUUUGGUAUGAUGUAUUUAAAUUUUUAGAACACAUUUUUAUUGCUGGACUCUACAGCUGUUUCUCAUUGCUUAACUUACAGACGGCUCCACAGAAAAGGAUAGACAGUUAACCUUUCUGCUCAGUAAGUUGAAAGUCUGUGGCAGUUGCGCAUGCAAGCAACAAUGGUUUUUAGAAUAGGUUGUAUACUUUCUUUAUGUUCAGAUGCUGUACAGACUGCUGGGAAACCUCACAGCAAUUUAUGAAUACACACAAAUUUAGAAGUUCUAAAUUUAGUGGCUUUUUUUUUUUAAAGACACAUUAAAUAGGGGAAACGUGCAUCUUAUAGCUAAUAUAUUCAGAUUGCUGAAAUGUAGUGUCACUCUGAUCCUGUGGCAUCAGACACUUUUUUGUAAUAUUGUAUGUAGGA